AUGGCAACAAGCAAACAGAGAACUAAACAGUCACAGACUAAUAGUAAUGACUUUAUAUAUAAUGGAUACAAUCUAACAAAGUACACAUUCUUGGUUGGUUGUGUUGUUAGAUGUCUAUUGAUCGUGUUCUCAGAGUGGCAGGAUGCUAAUAUGCUCGUCAAGUAUACAGACAUUGACUAUGAAGUUUACACAGAUGCAUCGAGAUUCGUUGUCGAAGGACUCAGUCCAUAUGAUCGUUCAACAUAUAGAUACACUCCUCUAUUGUCAUACUUAUUAAUACCCAACAUAUUGGUACAUAAGGCAUUUGGCAAGGUACUCUUUGUACCAUCGAUGCUCUAUGCAUGCACUACAGCAUGGAUCAUGAACCCAUUCGUCAUCAACGUGUCGACACGUGGUAAUGCCGAGUCUGUCAUUGGUGCCAUGGUCCUACUAUCUCUCUACUUCCUCUUCAAGAAGCAGCUCAUCCUAUCAUCCAUCUUUUUUGGACUAUCAGUACACUUUAAGAUAUAUCCAAUCAUAUACUCUAUUCCGAUGUAUCUCUAUAUCGAUCAGCAUUAUUAUGAGACGGCGGCACACAAGUACAACUCACUUAACAAGUCAUCGUUUGGAUCAUUGUUACGCAACAUCUUCAAUCGCAAUCGUCUCACAUUCUUUGUUGUCAGUGCCUUCUUCACAUUCCUCCCAUUGACCUUUAUAAUGUAUCAGAUCUACGGAUACAUCUUCUUGUAUGAAACAUACAUAUACCAUGUUGUACGCGCGGACAACCGACACAACUUCUCCGUGUACUUCUAUCAGAUCUACCUCAACACCCCGAUUGUAGAGUCGGUGGCUGACUUGUCGAUGCGCGCAGGAAUGUCCCUGGAGUCGGUCGGCGUCGCCCUCGCUUCGUUCUUGCCACAGGUCGUGCUGUUGUUGGCCAUCAGCUUUGUGUACUACAACGACUUGGAGUUCUGCAUACUGCUCGAGACCAUCACGUUUGUGGCGUUCAACAAGGUGUGCACGGUGCAGUACUUUAUAUGGUACUACUCGCUGCUGCCACUGGUGCUGCCCACGACCAAGAUCACCAUUAUCGGCGGUAUCAUUAUGUUCCUGCUGUGGAUUGGAUCACAGGCGUUGUGGUUGGUGUCUGCCUUCAAACUCGAAUUCCUUGGCCAUCAGACAUUCUACAACAUCUGGCUCGCUGGUAUACUAUUCUUCUCGGUCAACAUCUGGAUACUUGUUCGCUUCAUCGUCCAGCAUGAUCCACUCAAACAACAAACUCAAACAAUCAAGUCAAACUAA